AAGAAGAAGGAGAGAAAAAAAAAAACAAUAUUGGGUGAUAAAGUGCAGAGAAAUCGCCACACGCUCCCGUUGGCUCAAUUUGACGUCAGUUUUCUCUGGGUCCCGCCCGCUCCGCUCAAGUGGCGGCGGUGAAUGGUGAGAGAUAAUCCUCGGCUCCGCCACAGACACACAACAGGGCUGAGCUGCCUCUGGAUCUGGAUGCGGGCAUCCCUCGGAUUCUGCUCUUCUCACGGGCCCUCCGAGCUCACGAAAAAAAAAAGAAGAAAGAAAAAGAGACAAACUUAACGGGACAACAAUGGUGCACGCCUCGGCGGGUGAAUCCGUGGCUGCUGCUGACGCAGAGCAGCAGCGACUCUCCGAGAAGAUGUUGAGCCGAUUCAUGAGCGGCAGCAUCAGGAAUCUUGAGCGGGAAUACAGCUGCACCGUCAGACUGCUGGACGAUACGGAAUAUACGUGCACCAUUCAGCGGGAUGCAAAGGGACAGUAUCUUUUUGACCUCAUCUGCCACCACCUCAACCUGCUGGAGAAAGACUAUUUUGGCAUCAGAUAUGUGGACCCAGACAAGCAGCGGCACUGGUUGGAGUUCACAAAAUCAAUCGGAAAGCAAAUGAAAGCUCAGCCUCCGUUCACCAUGUGUCUGCGAGUCAAGUUCUACCCUCCUGAGCCUGCUGCUCUCAAGGAGGAAAUCACUCGAUAUCUUGUCUUCCUGCAAAUUAAGAGAGACCUCUACCACGGGAGGUUGCUGUGUAAAACCUCGGAUGCGGCCAUGCUGGCUGCCCACAUCCUUCAAGCUGAGAUCGGUGACUACGACCCCGGGAAGCAUCCUGAAGGUUACAGCUCCAAAUUCCAGUUUUUCCCGAAACACUCGGAGAAGCUGGAGCGCCGGAUUGCAGACCUGCACAAGACAGAGCUGAUUGGACAGACACCUGAAACAUCAGAGCGAAAUUUCCUGCAGAAGGCCCAGAUGCUGGAGACAUAUGGUGUUGAUCCACAUCCGUGCAAGGACGUGUCUGGGAACCCGGCCUUCCUCGCUUUCACACCGUUUGGUUUUGUGGUGCUUCAGGGAAACAAGAGAGUUCAUUUUCUCAAAUGGAACGAGGUGACCAAACUGAAGUUCGAAGGCAAGACGUUCCACGUAUAUGCAAAUCAGAGGGAGGAUGAAAAGAUCAUCCUGACAUACUUUGCGCCCACGCCGGAGGCAUGCAAGCACCUUUGGAAGUGCGGAGUGGAGAACCAGGCUUUCUACAAGCUUGAGAAGUCGAGUCAGGUUCGCACGGUGUCCAGCAGCAACCUGUUCUUCAAGGGCAGCCGUUUCCGUUACAGUGGACGAGUGGCAAAAGAGGUGAUGGAGCAGAGUGCCAAAAUCAAACGCGAACCUCCAGAAAUACACAGGGCUGGACUCGUGCCCAGCAGAAGCUGCCCAUCCAUCACCCACGGGCCUCGCCUCAGCAGUGUGCCGCGCACACGUCGGAGAGCUGUGCACAUAUCCAUCAUGGAGGGUCUGGAGUCGUUGCGUGACAGUGCCCACUCUACACCGGUGCGUUCAGUGUCCCACGGGGAAUCCUUCAUGCCACGCUCCCGGAGCCAGGCCACAGACCACAGCGAGAGGACUGCGGUGAUCUCGGAUGAGGCCUACAGCCCCUCCGACAGCGUCCUGCCCACCCCAGUGGCCGAGCACGGCAUGGAGCUGUCAGCCUCGCGCCAGAUCAACGGGGCACCCUGCAGCAUAGAGGAGGAGAAGGAGUCGGAGGCGGGCACCCCUAUGCACGGGGAAGGGGGUGAAUUUGGUGCGGACGGUAGAUCUGCUCAGGAGGGUGCUGGGGGGGACUCGGCCCUCAGCGAGGUGGAACAGGUGAAUAAAUUUGUCUUAAGUGUCCUCCGUUUGCUCCUUGUGACCAUUGGACUCCUCUUUGUUUUGCUCCUCCUCCUCAUCAUCCUCACCGAGUCAGACCUUGACAUUGCAUUUUUACGUGAUAUCCGCCAGACCCCCGAAUUUGAGCAGUUCCAUUACGAAUACUUUUGUCCCCUCAGGCGGUGGUUUGCCUGCAAGCUCCGCUGGGUGGGCGGGUUGCUCAUUAACAAGUGAGAGUGAGGUCGUAGAGUUCGUAAACCCGUUCGGGGGUCUGGGAAGACGGUUAGGACUCCGGAGCGAUGGAGGGAAUCCUCGUCCCAACCAUGAACCCUGCUUCUCUCAUCAUCCUCCUGCAGACAUACAGCUUGGACCACUCCUGGUAACACCGGGCCAGGAUCUCUCUCCCUCCCCCCCACCUCCUCCUCCUUCACUUUGCGUUAACCCCCCCCCCUCACCCAAACCACCUCCUCGUUUCGCUUAUUUUCUUCUUCGUUUUUUUUCUACAAAACCAGAAGACUUUUUUUUUUUUUGCAUUUUUCCUUUUUUUUAUUGCACAUCAUGUCAGGUAUUUUAUUUUUUCAAAUAACACAAAGGAAAAAAAUUAAAAACUGAAGUCAAAGAACUGGAGAAUUUCAAAACAGUUCCUUUUUACGGGAACGGAAGAUUUCGUUUGCAACGGAUGAACGUUGCAUUCAUUUAUUAUUAUUAUUAUUAUUUAUUGCUUUCGAAAACACGUGUUUGCAUAAGAAAAAGGGGAGGAGAGGAUGGAAAACGGUAAUCGAGGAAGUUGAUUUGUUGUUUAAAAAAAUGAAGAUGGAAGUGAAUGUUAAGAGUCGGUAGGCCUGCUGCUGCGAAGUGAGGCGAAGUAGUGCGAUGUAUCCUCUGAUAUGAAUUCAGCCCCGUCAGACGUCAACUAGGCAAACAGCAGAUUUCACCUCAUCGGAAAAACAGAAUCUGAAGGGAAUAACGGUGAAGGUUCAUGAGACAGAGAUCAGACAGGGUGAUUACCAAAUGCCUUUUUUUCUUUUCUUUUUUCUUUUUUUUGCUGAGAAGAUGUCCAUGACUGUCGGCAGGUCUUGAAUUUUGUGGAUUGUUUUAAGACAAAAUUAUACUUUAGUAUACAGCGGUGUACAAAGUAAGCAGGCGAGAGCUCAGAGUUGUUUUAUAACAUUUUAUAAGGAUACAGUAAAAACAUAAAAACCAAUAGUGUUACGUGACCCAGUAGUGUCAGAUGCGGUUAAAAAAAAACAAAAAAAAAACAUUCUUGAUGAGCAAAGAUUCACUGGCACCAAUAAUAGAUGAUAGUCUAGAUAGAUGUGCAAUGGUUUUAAUAAUUAAGUACUUCUGAAUGUGCUCAUUUGUUCAGUUGUUCUGUUAUUUUCUCCGAUUAAUUUGAUUUGCAUUUCUUUUUUCAUCAAGUUGAAAUUCGAUGAAUUUCAAUAAUUUCUUUGUAUGAAGAGUUUAUGAUUUAUUUUGGUUUCAUAUCAACCUUGUUCUUAGGUUCAUGUAUCAUACUAUAUUAUUAUUAUUAUUACUAUUAUUAUUAUUAUUAUUAGAAUAAGAAUAAUGAUGUACUUUUUGUACAAAUUAGUUUGUUUCCUAAUAUAUAUUGACAGGUUUUUCAUGUAUAUUUUAACAGAACUGAAAUGUUAUUUUGUUAUUGAAGAUUAAAUUAUACCUUUUUUAGCGCUGUGUUUCAAGUAAGGUCAGAAGCAUUUUAUGGAAAUGUGGAAGGGGGGGGACUUAAAAAAAACAGGGUUUUUAUCCAGAUCCACUCGACACUGAUCACACUUCUCAUCACUCCACCAGCAGUGAAUCAGCCUUUAGCGUGUGCACAUUAUGGUUGUACAGAAUGAAAUCUGGAGAUGUCAUUACAUCAUCACAAAUACCAAAUAGUCCAAAAACACAUAUUUUCACCCUUCAUGACAUCUUUUUUUACUUGAAGAGUUCAGAGAGGUGACUGUGAGCCUGGCCGACACAGAUCUGCACAAAAAAAAGUCUAUCGUGGCACUAAAAAAUAUUUUUAAAAUGUGUGAGAUUAAAGUAGAGAUGGAAUGAUUAGUUAGGACAAUAGAAAAUCAAUUGGCAGCUAUUUUGCUUAUCAGUUAAUAUUUAUUUCAUAUUUCAAGCAAAAAUACUAAACAAUUUCUGGUUUCCGCUUCUCCAAAAGAGAGAUUUUCUGCUUUUCUCUCUCUCUCUUUCUUUUUGUUUAUAAUUUUAAAUUGAAUAUCUCUGGGUUUGGACUGUCAGACUGAUUAAAAAGAAACAUUUUGAAUAUUUUACUUUAGAUUCUGAGAAAUUCUGAGUUAAUCAGUUCAUCUACAGAAUAUGAUUGAUAUAUAAAGAAAUUAAAUCACUUGUUGCAGCUAAACUAAACAUGUUUGGUUUAUAGUCAUGACAUUUUCUGAGAUACCUCAUUUUCACUAUUUCUCCUAAUUGUGAACUUCAGUUUCCAGUCAGCCAAAAUAAUAUCAGGCAGCAGAAUAUCUGCCAAUAAUCUGCACUCAGAUUCGUCGGUCAGGCUCGAGACUCUUCUGCCUCUCAGCUCCAGGAGAGCAAUAACUGUCACGGCUGCUGGAUUCUGGGUAAAAUCUGUUUUUUGUGUUAAUGCGUGUCUACCUCCUGUACCAAGUGCAGGUGUAAGUGUUAGUAUGUCUGUAUGUAGGAAUGGAAACAAGACUCGAGGUGAUAGCGGGCGGAUGUUUAGACAGAGAGGGGGUCUAAAAGUUCAUUUUUUCAUCUUUUUUGUAGAAGGAUGAAAAUUAAGAAAGGAAAAGAGAGGACAGAGGUUGGAGAACAGGUUCAAGUGAGCGGUCUGCUUCUUUGAAAAAGAGGGAUUUAAAAAAGAAAUUGGGAAUGAGAAACACACGUCGAUCUACUGGCUGUACAGGGUUGCUCGUUUUUGGCCUGAUUUUUUUUUCUCCCAGAACGUCACACUCUCAUACCAGCACCUGCAAGCUGCUCCACCAGAAGGCCCGAUGGUGCUACCUUUCUUUGUUUGCUCCUGUGUAAUCCGAGCAUGUCUUGUCCUUUGGCUCAAUUUGUAGUCCUGACCACAGAGUAGCAUGCACUUGUGGCGUUGUGGCUGGAUCCACUCCUGUAGCCCAUUAAUGCCUCUCAAACCGCAGCUAUAAAGAGGCGGAGGGAGCAGCACCGACAAUGCUGGAGGGAAUUUUCAAAUUGUUAGAGCUACAUUGGCAAAAAAAGAAGCCUGUCAGCUCACCAGGAGCUUAAGUAUGUCACUUUGUUUUUGUUUUGUUUUUUUUAACUCGGAUACAUCCAGAUGCAAAGAUGAAGCACAUUAUUUCCUAACAGGGCGUGGAGCAGGGUGGGCGGGUUGACUUUUCUUUUUUGGUGUAUACAUUCAUACUUCAUAUUUAUUACUUCUUUACUGACACAAAGGUCAACAUGGCUGACCAGGCGAGGCCAGGCUGAGUCGUUAGCAGGACAUCUUUUCAAAGGUCGGUCUGCAAAAGGUGUUACAUCUGUUACAUCAUACAUCUAUCAGCGUUAUGUAGCUUCAGCGGUCUCUCUGAACAUGCAACGAUUAAAAAAAACAAACAAGGCAGCAUUAUUCAACAAGCAAUAAUUAGCUACGAGAGCAAAAAGAUGUGAUUUAGAAAACUUGUGUAUGAAAAUCUAAUGAGUAAGUCAAAUAUGUCCUUUGUGUUUCUAGAAAAGCACUUAAUUGCUGUUGUGCUGACUAUACUGACAAUGUGACCACUAAGACACAUUCAUUAAUAACAUUUUAUAUAUAUAUAUAUAUAUAUAUAUAUAUAUAUAUAUA